AUGUCUAAGAUCACAGUCGCCGGAGUGCGUCAAAAUGUCCAACAGCUUCUGGACUACUCUCAAAACACCAAGAAGCGUAACUUCCUCGAGACCGUCGAGCUCCAGAUCGGUUUGAAGAACUAUGACCCCCAGCGUGACAAGCGUUUCUCCGGUACCAUCCGCCUUCCCAACGUUCCUCGCCCUGGCAUGUCCGUUUGCAUCAUUGGUGACCAGCACGAUCUCGAUCGUGCCAAGCACUUGGGCUUGGAGUCUGCUUCCGUCGAUGACUUGAAGAAGCUCAACAAGAACAAGAAGCUCAUCAAGAAGCUCGCCCGCAAGUACGAUGCUUUCGUUGCUUCCGACACCUUGAUUAAGCAGAUUCCCCGUAUCUUGGGACCCGGUCUUUCCAGGGCUGGUAAAUUCCCUACUCCUCUUUCCCACGCUGAGGACAUGGACGCCAAGGUCACCGAAGUCAAGUCCACCAUCAAGUUCCAGCUUAAGAAGGUUCUCUGCUUGGGUGUUGCCGUUGGUAACGUUGGCAUGACCGAGGACGAGUUGAUCUCCAACAUCAUGCUUGCCAUCAACUACCUUGUCUCUCUUCUUAAGAAGGGCUGGCAGAACGUUGGAAGUCUUGUUAUCAAGGCUUCCAUGUCUCCUCCUAAGCGCCUCUACUAA